GCAGAGCUGAUUUUGGUUAUUGUUAUUUGUUUUUGUAAUUUGUCUUGAAGAUGAGGAAGAAUGGGGUGAAUAAAUCAAUCAUGGUUCUAAAGUUCACUUGAUGCAGUAACUUAUAUGUUGCCUAAUUUCCAAUAAUGUACCAUACUUUCUCUGGUACCAUUUUUUAGGCUACUUUUGGUAAGACCAUGCUAGUGAAGAAUAUUUUAAAAGUUUUAGAAGACAUGGAAGGUAAUUUUCAUGUGCAUGCUGAUAAGAAAAUGCAUCCCAAAGAUUUGUAAUAUGUCCUGCAAGUUUUUAAGAAAAGGAACGGUGUAAAAUACUCACUGCAUUAUGUAAUGAAUGAUUACCAAAUCUCACACACUAUGUACUCCGAUAUCAGGUAUCUAAUUUGUGUUUGCAAGGCAUUUCUUAAUUAGGAAGACACAAACACUAUAUCUUAACAGAUAUGUCACCAUUUGAAUCAAGCACAGUAGAGCCAGAAUGUAGAACUUUCACUUGGUUCAGUCUCACACCUCUUAGCUAUUGCAAAAGGGAAACAUAUUGAGUAGUUCAUAAGUAUAUGCCUAAAACCUUAUAAUUAGUAAAGAAUCCAUAGUAAAUCUGUUGUUAACCAUAUUCUUGUAAUAACACUGCUGAAUUUAGUGAGAUGGACAUUUCAUGAGAUUCACGAAUGGUUUUGUGGAGAAAACUUUUCCCUAUACCACAUCUCUAUGAGGAAAAAAAUCAAACUGUGUGAAUGAAAUUUGGAACUCUUUCACUUGUUAUUCUUCUUUUAAUAUGGAUGUCAUAUGUCACUAGAGAUACAAGCCAUGAGAGCAUAGAGAAACUGAAAGAGGCAACGUACCUCUCUCUUUUCCAGAAAAAUUAGAAGAUGUACAGUAUAAUCCUACUUUGAGUAGAGUGUCUUAAUAUGGUAUAAAUUCAUAAACCAUUAGUUUUUGACCAUUUUGGGGGUCAUUUACAAAUUCAAAGUUGCUGAUUAUCUUUAUGAGAUUAGUAGUAUAGAAAUGUUUAUGUUUGCCUUGGUUCAUGUUUCAAGUGUAGAAUUCCUCACAUAAUAGUAAAAUUUAUGUUUGUAGUCACACUGCAAAAGCUAUGUGUUCAUUGUUUUCUCUUCAAAUAUGUGAAUAAUCUCUUAUAGAAAAAUUAAGGGAUAAAUUUCAUGUAAUCAGUGCUCUUCUAUUCCACGUGACUUAAACAUUCAAGAAAACCCAUAAUGAAAGGGAACACCUUUGAAUGUAAACAAACUGAUACUAUGUUAAGAUCACUUUGCACUUUACUAUUAAUCCAAAUGUGAAAUGAAUUCAUAGAGAUAAAAAAAACCAGGAACAAAAACAAUGCAAGAAAAAUUUCCAUUUACCAAUUGUAUUUGCAGGCAUGAAAGAAGUUUUAUGGGAAAGCAACCCUCUAAUUUUAUUCAAUAUGGUAAAACCUUGGCAUAUCAGAGUCAUACCCAAAGGCAUAAUGGAGAGAAGCUGUAUGGAUAUAAUCAAUGUGGUAAAGCUUUUGCAAAAAGGAGUCAUCUCAAAAACCAUGAAAGAACACAUAGUGGAGAAAAACCUUACGAGUGUAACCAAUGUUGCAAAGCCUUUGCACAAAGCAGUCAUCUCCAAAGACAUAUAAGAACACGUACAGGAGAGAAACCCUAUGAAUGUAACAAAUGUGGCAGAGCCUUUGCACAAAGCUGUAGUCUCCAAAAACAUAAUAGAACACACACAGGAGAGAAACCCUAUGAAUGUAACCAAUGUGGUAAAGCUUUUGUACGCAGAAGUACUCUCAAUAUACAUAAAAGAUCACAUAGUGGAGAAAAGUCUCAUGAAUAUAACCUAUGUGGCAAAGCCUUUGCACAAAGAAGUGCUCUCCAAAAACAUGAAAAAAUACAUAUAGGACAGAAACCCUAUGAAUGUAACCAAUGUGGUAAAGCUUUUGCUCGAAUGAGUCAUCUACAAAACCACAAAAGAAAUCAUACAGGAGAGAAACCCUAUGAAUGUAAUCAAUGUGGUAAAGCUUUUGCACAAAGAAGUACUCUCCAAAAACAAACACAUACUGGAGAGAAGCCCUAUGAAUGUAACCAAUGUGGUAAAACCUUUGCAGGAAGAAGUAAUCUCCAGUUACAUAAAAGAACACACACAGGAGAGAAACCCUAUGAAUGUAAGCAAUGUGGUAAAGCCUUUGUGCAAAAGUGUCAUCUGCAAAAACAUGAAAGAAAGCAUAUAAGAGAGAAACCCUUUUAGUGUACCCAAUAUGGUAAAGCUUUUUCACAAAGCAGUGGUCUCUAAAAUCUUAAAUGUAUACACACAAGAGAGAGACUUUUUGAAUGUAAACCAAUAUGGUUUUCUACCAUUUUCACAAAGCAGUGGCCUCCAAAUACAUAAACAAUCACAUACUAUGGAGAAACCUCAUGACUGUCAUCAAUGUUCUCUAGCCCUUUUACAUAACAAUCAUCUUCAAAUCCAUAAAAGAAUAUAUACUAGAGAAAACUGCUGACUGUACCUAAGGUGGUAAAGCCUUUGCCCAAAACAGUCAUUUCCUAGCACAUAAAAUAAUACAGAUUACCUAGAAACCCUAUGAAUAUAAAAAAUGUGGUAAACCUUUUGCAAGUCACAGUACUCUCCAAGUAAGUAAAAGAAGACACACUCAAGAGAAACCCUAUGAAUAUAAUCAAUGGGAUGAAGCCUUUGUACACUGCAAUCAUCUUUCAAAUACAUAAAAGAAGACAAACAGGUGAGAAACCAUGUGACUAUAAGUAAUGUGGUAAAGCCUUCGCAUGUCAGUCAUAGUCAAAUGCACAAAAUAAACCUUAGCAUAGAGAAAUUCUGUGAGUGCAUUUAAUAUGGUGAAGCCUCCAUUUAUGCCUACAGUCUUCACAUGAAACAAUCCAUACUGGAGAUAAACUCUGUGAAUGCAUUUAAUAUGGUGAAGUCUUUUCAAUUUUCACACAUCAUCAUCAUAGCAAAAAAAAUAAAAGAAUCCCUAUGAAGGCAUUGAACAUGUUGAAUCUUUUGCACUUUUCUACAGUCUUUAUCAUCAUGAAAGUAAUCAUACUGUAAAGAUAUGAGUGUAAACAAUGUGGUAAAAUCUUUGUGGAAUGGAGUCCUCUCAAUUCCAACACAACUUAAAUGCAGGUGAUGAAAAUGACAGGAAUUUGUUUUAAUAAAUCUGUUCCUGGAUCAUGGACAGAAAAUGAACUCAGAGUCUAAACUGUGACAAGUAAGAUACCUGCCUAACCACUGUGAGCCAGAGUGUUGUAGAGCUGCCAUCCCACAAUCAAAACCUCUGACCCAGAAUUCUCCCUGUCUGAAAGAACAAAAAUGGAGAAGAGCGUAAGCAAAAGGAGGUCCAAAUUGUGUUCCAGCUCAGUGGGAGGCACCAAGGUCUGACACUAUUAUUCAUGCUAUGGUAUACUUAGAAACAGCGGUCUAUCAUGGCUGUCUUCUGAAAGACCCAAAAAGCAGCUGAACGAGUCAGAUGAAGACAUUCACACCCAACCAAUGGGCAGAAACUGCUGAUGCCUGUGGUUAAACUAGGAAAAACCUGGGAGAGACUGAAGAGUGAUCCUAUAAGAAUACCAGCCAUGUCAAUUAACCUGGACCCCUGGGAUGUCUCAGACACUGCUCAACCAACCAGGCAGCAUAUACAUGAUAUGACCACUCCCACAACACAUGCAGUAGAGGACACUUGGGUCUGCACGCAUUCAGAGAAGAUACAACUAACCCUCUGGAGACUUGGGACCUUUGAGAGUGGGAUGGAGAGAUGGAGACAUCCUCUUGGAGAUGGGGAGAGGAGGUGUGCCUUGUGGAACAGUCAAAGUAUGGACAAGGGAGGGCGAUAAGUCUGGACUGUACAAAAAAAGAUUAAACAAAUAAAAAAAAUUAAGAGGAAACAGAAACAUUUGUGCAAGUUCAGCUACAUUUUCCACUGUCCAGGAUUGAGGGGCAGGUGCUUAUGUAGUUUACUGUGUCAACUGUUAGGAUGUGGGUGUUACAGUUUAAUCAAUGAUAUUCAUUUGUUCUUUGGUGUUAGGGAAUAUGCAUUAUGUUUUGAGGAGCACAAGAUAAACAGCAGUGGGCAUUGUUACAGACAGUCAUUAUGUUUUCAAAAACAAAAUGUUGAAUAAGGGGAGGUGGUCUGCCAAUGGGCACUCUACAACACCUCUGUGCCUGGGAACUAGAACUAAGUUUCCACAUAUGACUAAAUGAAGGGUGUUAAAAAUAAAGGUAUACUUGGGGCUUGGGCUGGUUUGUUUGUUUGUUGCUUCUCAAAUUGUAUGGAUUUGUUUUAAUUCACUCUUGUGAUAAAUUGGUUACCAAAUGGCAUGAGAAUCCUGCAUUUGAGAUGCUGAGAUUCUCUUUCCCCAACUGGUUCUAAUUUAUAAAAUUGCCAGAGACCAAUGUCUAGGCAGAGACAAAGGAAUCACAUUUGGAUUCAAGGGCAAGGGGACAAAAGAGGAUCACCAUGCCAGGAAAGGAAUUGGAUGCAGAUUUGAGAGCUGAGAAGGACGGAGUGCCCUACAUGUAAGUGCCAAAGAAGAGUAGCCUCAGUGGUGUCUCCUCAGGUUGGUUGUGAAUAGCAAAGAUGGGAUAUAGAUUUUAGUAAGUAAUAAGUUAGAACUAUCUCAGGGGAGGAAUUAUCAAUGUAGAAAAUAGGGACUGGCCCUGCCACUGAGCUGAUUUAUGCAUAUUAAAUACAGAGUGCUCUCUCUGUCUCUGUCUCUCCCUAUCUCUCUCCCUCUGUGUGUGUGUCUGUUUGUCUGUCUGUCUCUCUGUCUUUCAUUUGAGAAUCCAUAGCAUUUGACAGGACAGCCAGGAACUCUGGCAGGUAGUGUCCACUUGUAGAGCUGAGUAACCAACCACCUCUACAGAAUAUGUCUCAACUGUAGGCUUGAUUUCAGUACUAAAACUUAAUUGAAGAUUCUAAAACGGAAAACACAGGCCAUGGUGUGAGAUUGGGAGGUGGAAAAACUUGGAUUGUUAGCAGAGUUGCUGGUUUUGCCGGAGCCACAUGGUUGUUCAUCAAGCUGUGCAGGUUCAGCACUAGAACAACAGGUGUGCUUGAACUUUUGCAUAAUUCUGGGGUUCGUGGCAUGAGCUGGGACACAGCAAAGUUCCUCAAGUCGUCUCAGGCAAGCUGGGUAGCAGGGGUGGGGUUUAUCACGGGCCCUUCUUAAAGAUUUCUGUCUGACUCAGGAUGUUUAAGCUCAGAAGUGCAGGAAGCCCAUGUGGUACUAAGAGAUAGUUGCCCAGAAGGCAGAGAGAGAGGUCGGUGGGAGAGGCUGCCUGCCUUCUAUUAUCCGAUAAGCAAAGGAGAGAGAUAGAUGAUAUUAGUUUAAUUACUUUUAAGGAUAAAAAUAUAAUGGUAAUUGUAUGUG